AGCGGCUAGUGAGAGCGAGCAUGUCGUUCGCGUCGCAAGCGAGUUCCGUCGUCGUCGAGACUCCGUGAACACUCCCGAGACACGUUCUAGGAGAGAAACCCACUUCGCGCCGGCUGAUUUUAGAGCGGCUGACUUCACGCGCGAGGCCAACUUCACUUCGCGCGCGCGGUCAACUUUGCUUCGCGCGCGCGACCAAACUUCGCUUCGCGCGCGCGACCAACUUCACUUCGCUCGCUCGCUCCCUCGCUUCGCUGGCGUCAGUGUGUCGCGCGCCACCGCCGCGAGAACAUCGCGUUACAUUCGCUCCGCUAUUUACGUUUCGACGUUUCUGGACGUGUAUCCGCUCGAGGAGCAGCAGUGAUUUUUUUCUCGCCCUGCUUGUUUCGUUUCUUUUCUCUCUUCGUUCGAGAGAGAUUCCGCUCCUUGAAUCUCUAGUCACCCCUUUUGCUCCGGUUUCUCCCUUCGUCAUCCUUUGUCCUCCAGACUCCCCCAGGUCUUUUUUUUCCGUCCGUCGUGUGAGUUUCACGUGAAGCCCUCAAAGCGGAAAAGAGUGAGAGAGAGAUCCUCAUUGACGCAGCUAUGGCGCGCGAAGAGGAGCGGUGGUGCUUCUUCCUUGACGGACAGAGGAUCCCGAUGUUCCUGGUCGUCCUGUGUGCCCUUCUGGUCGGAUCCCUGACGGUGGUAGCCGAGCACGAUGAUUCUUACUAUAAUUACGCUGGAUGGACCAGCAAGUCGUCGUUCGAUCAUCGAUCCGUGGAUGUCAGAUUGAUCGACGGCGAGAAUAUAGCGAGGAUACGCCGAGCAGCGAUCCCCGAGAAGUCGGUGAUGGCGACCGAGCAGAAGGAUCCGGUCAAGGAAGCAUCGCAGCAGCAGCAGCAGCAACCGCAACAACAGCAACCAGCUGCGCAGCUGACGACGACCGCGAACACGAACACGUCGCACGACGUGUACCUUCCGGCUUCGUCGACCAGCGAGGCUACUGUCCAGUUCAAGCCCACCGAAGCGAUUUCCACUGUCCAACCGCUCAAAGACACUUCCGACGUCACUUCCGUCCCCAAGGAUUCCAAGAAAAAGGCGACGCAGGCGGUGAAAAUUGAUGAUGUGGCCACAGUCUGGCCGAAUCGCACGAUGCCGAUUCGCAACGUCACCAGCAAGGAGCAGCCAUCGGCGGACAAGAGCAACAACCAGACGAAGCAGACGGAAUUGCCGAAGAACGCGACGAGCGGCGUGGAGAACGCCGACAAGCCCGAUGACAUUGGCGACAUCUCCAUCAGCAAAUUCUCCGACGUGACCCUCAACACCACCCUCACGCAGAACAACAUCACCAAGACGGUCUACGACACGCAUCAGUAUUACAACAGCACCUUCAUCGUCGACGCCAAUAUCUGCAACAAGUAUUGGGUCGACAUGGACAAACAUCCGGAACUCAGGGUCAAUCCUCUGCUCAGCCAGAGCCAUCGACGAGCUGCGACCGUCAAGCUGAAGUUCGAUUUCCCUUUUUACGGAUACAACGUGCGCAACAUCACCAUCGCCACCGGCGGUUUCCUGUACACGGGCGACUACGUGCACAGCUGGUUAGCAGCCACCCAGUACAUCGCACCGCUCAUGGCGAAUUUCGAUACCCGCCUGUCGAACACCAGCUACGUCAAGUACGCUGACAACGGUACGGCAUUUACGGUCGAAUGGGACAAGGUGGUGCUACAGGAUCGUCCGGAGGCCGGCGCCUUCACUUUCCAGGUGACCUUGCAUCAGAACGGCGACAUCGUGUUCGUCUAUUCGGUGAUACCGCUGGUGAUUGAAAACAUUGAGGACACGAUGCAUCCUGUCAAGGUCGGACUCAGCGACGCCUACAUCAUGGACCGAACUGUCUUCUUUGUGCGCCGAAAGACCAUCUACGAAUACCAUCGCGUGAAUUUCAACCGGCAGGACAUCGUGAACUGCACGGUCAUCUAUCUGAAAGCACUGCCCACGUGUCUGAACUUUGACAACUGUCGGGACUGCCUGACGAAGGUGCCCGACUUCGACUGCAAGUGGUGCUCGGAUCUGAACAAGUGCAGCACCGGCACGUCCCGACAGCGGCAGGAAUGGCUCCUCAAGGGUUGCGAUGUGCGUAAUAUCAAGGAGGCGGACAACUGUCCAGCGCAGAUCACGAACUACAAGGGAGAGGAGUACGACCAUGACGGUCACGUGCACCCCGACGAGUCGAUCACCGCCAACGAGAUGAGCGCCAAGCAGGAGAGACCCGGUACCAGUCCCUUAGAGAGCACCACUCCGAACAAGAUGAAUAUGGGCGUUUCGGGAAUAAUCGGCAUUCUCACUAUCGUCGCUUUAGUUGCGGGUCUCGCAGCUUGGGGUGCAUAUGCCUAUCGCAAUCCCCAUAGUGCAUCGGGACAGAUGCUGAUCAGGUAUCGCCCGAGCCAAUGGAGCUGGCGAAGAGGCGAAGCCCGUUACACAGCCGCGACCAUUCAUAUGUGAUGAGGUGUCGACGAAGAGACAUCAAGUCAGAGUCAAUUGCGAAAGUGUCGGACCAAACUUCCUAUUAAUUGUGUACAGCGAAUAUAUACCGAGUCUGCGCGUAUAUAUAUAUAAAAAAAAAAAAAAUAUAUAUAUAUAUAUAAACUCGCGAGAACGCGCAGAACUCGUCAGGUUUUGCACUCAAUCGCGUAAAUACGGACAAUCAUUUCCAUUUCAUUUACGACGUUUACGUCGACGCGAAGAAAUCGAUUCAACGCCGACAAACACGACGAGAGAACGUUUAUUCUGUCCUCUCUCUUUAAGAAUUGUGGUAUAUUUUUGACUAUAUAUAUAUAUAUAUACAAUAUAUGUCGUGCGCAAUCUGAGAAUUAAAAUUCUGUAAUUAGAUGUGGAAAAAUUUCAUUCGCGGAAAUUCUCUGAAUUUUUACCCAACUUGAACGAGUUUGCGAAAUUUGAUCGCGAACGAUUCGAAUGUGACAUGAAUUCAUAUACAAAAUUAAUACCUGCACGGAUCGUAUCAAAUGGGGUUUUCGGGAUAUAUUGUGAGAAUCGUGACCUUCUUCAAAACCAUAUACAAUCGAUGAUCCAAGCUGCAGAGAGAUAGAAACGUCGUAUACGAAGGCGAUCGUAUAAUAUAUCGAGACAUCGGACGAUUUUCGAGAUCGUCCGUCGAGCAUUUAUGUGAUUCUUAGCAGCACGUGGUACACCUUGUUAUUGUUUAAGAAUUCGUUUUUCUUUUUUUAUCGUCGUUAGACAAAUUGCAGCAAUCGUUUUAUAUACGUACCUAAUGUUCGCGCGAUAAAGAGGACAGCGUUUUGGAGAGAGAAAAUGUAGCAAAAAAGGGAAGAAAAAAAAUUAUCGAACGUUUCAAUCUGGCGUGCUGAAACUA